UCUUACAGCAGAGGUUUAGAGCUCAGAGACAGAGAAACAUUGAGGUAAAACAUUAUCAAGAGGGCAGGAAAGCUGUCAUCAAACUCCAAGCUGCUUUCCGUGUCAUGAAAUCCAGGAGAAUCCUCAAACAAAGGCAUCAUGCUGCCAGCGUUAUCCAGAGAGGUUACAGAACAUACAGUGAACACAAGCAGUAUCUGAAAAUGAAAUUGUCCGUGCUUACGAUUCAGCGAAAAUAUCGAUCAACUGUUGCAGCUAAAGCACAAAGAAGUCAAUAUCUGGAAAUGCGCAGCGCAGCCAUCAUUGUCCAGGCAGCAUACAGAGGCCAGCAGGUCAGAAAGGAGGUUGCCGGUUGGCAUCAGGCUGCCACUGUGAUCCAGUCAGCAUUCAGAAAGCACAGAGAGGAAGUCAAAUUCCAGGCCCUGCGCCUGUCCGCCAUUAUCAUCCAGAGAUACUAUCGCGCCUGUAUUCUUCAGAGGCAAGAAAGGGAAAAGUUCCUUAAAAUGAAGCAAUCCACCAUCACCCUUCAGGCAGCGUUUAGGGGCUGGUGUGUCAGGAGGGACAUAAGCAGACAAAAUGAAGCUGCCAUUGUGAUCCAGUCGUUCUGGAGAGGCUUAGUGCAGAGGCGCAUCUUCCAAAGGAAGCGUGAGACAGCUGUGAAACUUCAGCGGGGGGUCCGGGCAUUGCAGCUCGGCAGGUUGGAGAGGAACAACUACACCCGAAUACGGAAAGCUGCCAUCACACUUCAGACACACUGCAGAGGCUGGAUUGCAAGACGACAGGUACUAGAAAGAGCCAAGGCAGAGAGCAGGCUCCGUUUUACAUUGGCCAUCUUCCACCAUCUCUGUGCCAUAAAGAUCCAGCGAGCUCUGAGAGCACACUGGGCUUUGGAGUCGGCCAAAAGACAAAUCCAUUCUGUCGUCACCAUACAGCGAUGGGUGAGAGCGAGGCAGCAGAGGAGACAGUAUCUGGAAGAUAGGAGGAAGGUGGUCAUAGCGCAGAGAGCGGUCAAGCGCUGGUUAGCUCGUCGCCACAAGGUGGCGUCUGUCAUCCAGCAAGCCGUCCGCAAAUUCCUCCUUCUCAGGCGCCAGAAGCGGGUUCAACAGGGCAUUGUAAAAGCUCAGGCUUUGUGGAGAGGACACUGCUCCCGUCAACUGAAUGACAAUGCCAAGGUAGUGAAGUUGAGACACCGCCUACGCAAAGUCACUGCCGGCGUCAAAGAGGAGGACAAACUGUGCAACAAGACCUCGUCUGCCCUCGAAUACCUCCUUCGAUACAAACACUUCUCCUACAUCCUAGAAGCCCUGAGAAACCUGGGACCCAGCACCAGACUGUCCCCAGAGUGCUGUGAGCGGCUGGUAGAGAGCGGGGCCACCAACGUCAUCUUCACACUCAUCCGCUCCUGCAACAGGAGUGUCCCCUGCAUGGACAUCAUCACCUACUCCAUCCAGAUCCUGCUCAACCUCUCCAAGUACCACAAGACCAUCGAGGCGGUGUAUUCAGUGGAGAACUCUGUGGAGAUGCUACUGGACCUGCUGCAGAGAUACCGGGAGAAGGCCGGGGAUAAAGUGGCAGAAAAGGGCGGCAGCAUCUUCACCAAAGCCUGCUUCCUUCUCGCUCUCCUCCUGCAAGACAAGCACCGAUCUGUGGAGGUUAUGAAGCUACCCAAGGCCUUGGAUAGGAUACGCAGUAUUUACCACCUCACUGCUCGCAAAAACAAGAUGGACGCCGAAAGAACUGUUAUGAAACAGAAGGUGAAUGCAUCAGUCAAUGGGAGCUUCGCUGUUCCUGCUACGCCUUGUAAAUCCCGCCCUGUGCCAAAAUUUGCACCUGAGUGGGUUCUCCGAAAGAACACACUCCGAGACAUUGUGGACCCUCUCCGGGCCAUUACACUGGUCGCUAACACACUCUCCAUUGUGUUGUAAAUGAAAACAUUUUCAGUACUUUCUUCUUCUCAUCUCAAUUUUUUUUAUUUUUUUUUAACUUCAGAAAAUAUUUUACAAUGUAUUGUUCAAGGUUUUUUUAAAAAUCAUUUCCAUAUUUUCCGUGUUUGUGUGUGUGCGUGCG